AAUACGGGAAGCAAAAGAAAAAAGCAAACAUUUAGCAAAAUAUGUAGGUGUUCCAAGGGGUUUUGGCAGAUAUUGUGUUUUUAUCCGAACCAUACCAGGGGUGUUAUAAAGAAUGCCCCCAUUAAUCAACGUGUCAAACGUAUUAGUCGUUUUUCGGAGAAAGCAAAUUUGUUUUAGUAAAAUUUCAUCUACAAAAGGCAAGAGAACAUAUUCAACUCAAAUAGCUUCAUCAGAUAGAUAAUUAUUUUUAGAUCUUACUCAUUAAAAAUUGCAUUUUCAAGACACACACUCAAAUAGGACCCGCCCCCUUUAGGGAUUGUAAAUAGGACUGCUUUCUCUACGAAAUAAAGGUAUGCAAUGCCCCUAAGCUAUGCAAUGCACGAGCGAUGUAAUGAACAACAAUGCAAAAGUAUUGUCAUUACCAGGAAAUCUGAAACCCUAAACGUUAAAGCGAUUGGCUACAAGAGAUUUCUCGAAAGAAGGUGACAAAUCCUCCAAGUGUAUCGGUUGUGCGCCCAGCACCCCCUGGACCGGUACUAAUCCACACAACUUUACCACAUCUAGCAUUCCCCCGGAAAGCCGGGACGCGUGAGUUAUUAGAACCUUGUAAAUACAUUCAAACAUAAACUGACAUCCAAAGAGUCAUAAAGAAUGUAGCGAGCGUCAAGAGACCAAAAAGAUGGCUAAAGAGAGAGACAAUGAAAGGUUCCCUGAAGAGAGGGACACUGGAUGUGCCAGGGCCAACAAAAGUUCCGAGGAUGAUGCAAGCAAUAAGGAAACUUGUACUAAGAUACAAAGUAAACGCACAAGAGGUAAAAAGUCGAUAAAACCAAGUACAAAUGCAGCGAGAGAGCGUUCCAGGGUACAAAACUUAAAACAAGCAUUUUUAGAACUGCAAAGAGCUCUGCCUAACGUCCCGUCUGGGACCAAGCUUUCAAAACUGGACAUUUUGCUAUUAGCAACAAAUUACAUAUCCCAUCUGAUGAGCAAGCUAUCGAAUGGUCAUUUAAAGGAACAUCUAAGUAGGCUAAAGGAUACAGGGACACUGCAUCCGAUAAAGAAAUGGCCAAUGCGCUCAAGACUGUACGUGUCAGAUCCAAUGUGGCUGUACCGAUCUUCACGACAAAGUGUGAUACUCGCACAGAGCGAAGAUACGCCGUCACCCACAAGCCCAAGCAUGUCGUAUGGGGAGAGUUCUCCAAGCUUAGACGCGGUUGAUCUUCCGUCACCUUCAGAGUCACAAACAGAGGAAAUUGACAGCUUUUCAUCCACCUAUCGAUAUUCAUGCAGGGAAAACCAGUGCUACUACCCAACAAUUCAAGAAGUUGAGUAUAAUUACCCUCAUCGUCGGACUGAGAACUCUUUUAUGACGUCAUCAGAAGAACAUGGUCUCGAGGCUAGUGCCUGCUUGUAUCAAAAAGCUAUUCCAAAUCUUCGACUUCAUCAAGGAAAAUUAUGAUAGUUAGAAACAUUAUGUUGUUAAUUGUUAAAACAAUUUUUAGGAAAUUCAUAAUUUAUAGAAGUAUUGAUGAAUUAAUAAAAUAUCGUGUAAUGAACGUUAGAGAACUUGUCGAAAUAAUUACAUCCCUUUUGGACUGCAAAAAUAAAAUGAAUAGCAUUGAAACGCUCAUCUUAUUGCAACAUUCAUUAUUUGAAUAGUGUGGUGGUAGUUAGCAAGAGAAAGGUUAGUGAUAAAAAUAGAAGUGUGGAAUAUCAUUUCAUUUCUACUUAUAAAAUGAAAUUUGAAGUUUUGAAUAUAUAUUUAAAGAAAACAAUUAAACAGACUCUCCCCUAUUGGUUGCAAUGAUUCGUGAAAUUUGUGUGUAAAAUUUUUUUUUAAAAACAAGAUAUAAUGACACAAAGUGCAUUUGGGUUCAAAACCCAUUUUGAUUAAACUCAGUUUGGGGAUCAAGGCUUCAUUUAGGACUUUAGAAUAGCAGUUGAUGUAUGUAAAAUAUAAGUUAUUUGAUACCUUUUUAAACCAGCUUAUGCAUUGUAAAGCUAAAAGAUGGACACAAUGUAGUCUGGAGUAACUGCCAGUCCGCUGAAAAACGAGCUGUUACUUCUCAAAAAUGUCAUAUCCCUGCGCAAAUAAGCAGUACACAUUUGUCCAUGGAACUACGUACCAUUCUAAUGGCUCUUAAAAAAGCUCCAACAAUAGGGGUAGUGAAUACACUUAUUAAUUUUGUGAGAUUUAUGUUGACAGCAUGUCUUGAAAAAUUUCAUAUAAGAAAUUGACUUAAACUUGACUGUUCUCCUCCUGGGUAAGGAAAACUUUGUAAAAAUGAGAAUGAAAAAUAAUAAAACUUUCACAGCAAAAACAUUUCUUUUACUAGUCCAAUUACUCUGAAAGAAAUUACUCUCAGUACUGUAGCUACUCUUUGUAAAGCUGUCUGUCUUCCUAGAAUUCAAAUUUAAUUCCUUUUCUCUAUGAUCUGUAAAUAAGAACUGUGAUCUAUUAUCCACAAAAUCUACAAAAAGCUGUUUGAUAUACUAAGUAAAGCUUGAUCACUAAGAAAAAGUGCCUCGAGGCCAUAGGAUACUACAGCUGUUUGAUAUCUGACUUCCUAGAUAAACUUUUUAAAUAUUUGAUAUUUGUAAAUGCUAAUAAAGAAUUACAGAAAAAUGAUAAAACCAAAACCAUAUUACUUGCAAAUCUUUACUUUCACUAGGCUUUCUUUCAAAAAUUAGAAGUAAACUUGUGGAUAUAUUUUUAAAUUUCAAUUCAGGAUUCCUUUUUUCAUAAUGAAUGUCUUAACAUAAGGUUUUAUUAAAAAUUACAUUGCCCCAAAACAAGAGUCUUGUGUGAAUCCUCAAGAUGUUGUUGGUUUAUUGUAAAAAUAAAAAAUAAAAGACUAUUUAAGAAAUAGAAGUUUUAAGUUGUUUUGUAAAGUGUUUUGUUUGAAGGAUUCUUCCACAAGGAAAAAUAGUUGCAUUAUUCUUGCAAUGUUGGGUAACAAGAAUGGAUAAAUUUAUCAAAAAUUUUGGACAAUAAUCUUGGAAUGAUUUCUGCUUCAUUAUAACAUGUUGACUGUCUUUGUUUCAAAUCAUCAAAAAUAUAUAUUUUAUCAAAUUUUUUGAAAUUCACUUUCAACAUAAUUUAGCUAAAUAACUCAUUUCAGUGCAAAAGAGGAAGGCAGCUAAAAAUUCUCAAGGAUUUACAGACAAGUGCUCAAAAACCUUAGUUUUUACUAUUUACUAGCAGUUUUGGAAUCGAUCUACAUAUAAACGGAAAAGCCGCCAUUGUGUAGACAGAAGGAGUUCGUUUUCUCUCUUGGCCUCCAGUGGUAAUUUUUCUAUAGGCAUGCAGCACUGAUUGGUCAACUAUACCGGUCUUGUGCUUGCGUUUUUCUGAUUGGCCUAUUUCGAUUCACAACUGGCCAGAGUGCAAAGUAUUUUUUGUGCGCGGGGAAUUAUUUUCUGUCGCUUACGCUUGCGCGGGAACAAAUCAUGUUGCAAAAUGACAGGUUAAAAGCUGCGGGAUUUCAUUUUUAAAUAGCACUUUUACGGCUCGACAUUAGGCUAUGCGCGGAAUUCACACGAAAGUCCAUAUUCCAACUGCUCGGAUUAAUCUAAAUUUGCAAAAAUGCGCGGACGGGAUUUGAGCAAAAAAUUAUUGCGCGGGGAACGCUUUCCCCGCGCAUACCCAAACUUUGCAGUCUGGCAACUGGGUAUAUAUUUUUCAUCAUGUUCUUUCGGACCCUUUUUCUGAUGUUUUGUGCUCUGAGGAAGUUGGACGAAAACGUUUUUAACCAAUAUGUUGUAAAAUGUUUGGCUUUUUCAAAGCCAUUUUCAAGUUCUGUACCGCCAGAAAAAUUGUUCAUAUAUUUACACUCUCUUUUUAGAAGAACCAGUAACUUGACAAAAUUAGAAUUUAUUUGAUAGAUCAAUAACUAUCAAUUGCUAAUAAAGUGGAAGAGUUUUCUGUUUGUAAAUGAUCAAUUUAUAAAAGCUAAUAAAAUGACUCAAAACGCCCAGGCUUGCAGACGUCAUAUCAACCGACGCGUCAGUGCGAGCGACUGAGCUUUGCGAGACGCAGGCAGCAAAUGAAAGGAAAAUGGCAGCGAUAUUGCGAACACGUGGAACGCAUGCAAACAAUAAACCUUUUGAAAGCAACUGUGAGGAAGGCCAUCUCCAAGUGCGAGGUUUAAAAGAAAUAAUUCACCGUAAUUGAGGUGACUGGGAGCGAGAUUUUCAACCUAACAACAAGACAUGCAAGCUUUGUUGAGACUUGGGAAAAACAGGUUGAUCGUUACACUUAUCUUUGCCAUCUUUAAUUGUGAGAGGAACAUGAACAUUCCCGAUCGAACAUGCACAAUUGAAGCAUACAAUUUAAAAAAAAACAAGUUGUGAUUUAAGAAUUUUGGCGGCCUUUGUUGAGAGUAGACACUGCCUGUGUAGAGUAGAUGGCAAAUUUUUAAGCUAGAAACAUACCCCAAACCAUUUAUGGUCUGGUCAAGGGCCUAAUCAGUCCCGUUGGAACCGGGGGUGUGGGGGCUGGAGCCCCCAAUAAUUGUCAAACUGUAGUGUAGUAUAUUUCCUUUAUAACAGUGUACUAAAUAUAUCGAUAACAUAACGACCCAGCCGUGGGAAAUUGGACCUAUGUAGCUUCUAGACUAAGAUG